UGAUUUCGACCAUAAUCUGCGGCUCUAAACUUUUUCUCCAAGAAACCGCUUGCGUGAUCACCACCCACAGGCUCUGACAAGAAGAUCAAGAUUGGAAUCAAUGGGUUCGGAAGGAUUGGACGUUUGGUUGCUAGAGUUGCUCUGCAGAGCAAUGAUGUGGAACUGGUGGCUGUAAAUGAUCCAUUCAUCACUACUGAUUACAUGACUUACAUGUUCAAGUAUGACAGUGUUCAUGGCCACUGGAAGCAUCAUGAUGUUAAGGUUAAGGAUUCCAAGACACUUCUCUUUGGUGAGAAGUCUGUCACAGUUUUUGGUGUCAGGAACCCAGAAGAGAUUCCAUGGGCUGAGACCGGUGCUGACUAUGUUGUGGAAUCUACUGGAGUGUUCACUGACAAGGACAAGGCUGCUGCCCACUUGAAGGGUGGUGCAAAGAAGGUAAUCAUCUCUGCCCCUAGCAAAGAUGCUCCCAUGUUUGUUGUGGGUGUCAAUGAGAUGGAAUACAAGCCCCAUAUCGACAUUGUUUCCAAUGCUAGCUGCACUACCAACUGUCUUGCUCCUCUGGCUAAGGUUAUUAAUGACAGAUUCGGCAUUGUUGAGGGUCUUAUGACCACUGUUCACGCCAUAACUGCCACACAGAAGACCGUUGAUGGGCCAUCAAACAAGGACUGGAGAGGUGGAAGAGCUGCUUCCUUCAACAUCAUCCCCAGCAGCACUGGUGCUGCCAAGGCUGUUGGAAAGGUGCUGCCCGCACUGAAUGGGAAGUUAACCGGCAUGUCUUUCCGAGUUCCUACUGUGGAUGUUUCAGUCGUGGACCUUACUGUUAGGCUUGAGAAAUCGGCCACCUAUGACGAGGUCAAAGCCGCUAUCAAGGAGGAGUCUGAAGGCAAACUCAAGGGAAUCCUGGGGUACACUGAAGAUGAUGUGGUGUCCACAGACUUCAUUGGUGACAGCAGAUCAAGCAUCUUUGAUGCCAAGGCUGGAAUUGCCCUGAAUGCCAAUUUUUUGAAACUCGUCUCGUGGUAUGACAACGAAUGGGGUUACAGUUCACGGGUAAUCGACUUGAUCCGCCACAUGGCUUCUGUUUAAGCUAAAGCUUGAUGCUAAACAAACACAAAGCUUGAUCCUCAUUUUGUCUAAUGUAGUGUUAGGUCUAGAUUUUUUGUUUGGGUGUGUAUGAGGCUUUGUGUUAAUCUGUAAUAAACAAGAGACCUGUUAUGGGGGCCCUUUUUAAAGGGCAAUCUGCCUUUUGUUUUGGGAUGUUCUGUUCUGGGAUCUUGAAGAGAUUUUCCCUCCAUCUAUGUUUUCAGGGAUUUGGCAAAUUGGUACAACAAUUUGCAUGUCUUUCUAUAUGCAUUAUACAAAAUCUCAGUUUUCUUUCC